CAAACACCGCGCACCUGAACUCAUGCACGAUGCGAAAGUAUAAAAGGGCGGAGCCGCCGGCGACGACACUGUCUCUCCAUCGGCAGCAUGGCGAAAAUUGUGUCUUUCGUCGUCUUGGCUUUCUGCGCCCUGCAGAUUGCUUCGGGCACGCCGUUGUUCGGCUUCAACUUCGGCGGCCGCGGAAACGCAAAGCUCGCCGAGGAUGCCGCCAAGGACGCCGUCGUGAAGGUGAAGGUGGCCGCGGACACAGCGAGCGCCAGCGACGAGGCUCUCCACGCCGCGGCCGAGGGUGUCGAGGACAGCCUCUCCACCUUCGAGCGCACCCUCCAGUCCGCCAGCAGGGGACUCCGCUCCGGACUCGGCUGGUUCGGCUGGGACUCUGACGAUGAGGAGAACAAGAUAACCGUUACCAAGACCGUGGACGAGCCCAAGAAUUUCACCCUGGGUCUCGUCGACGGCGCUCUCAAGGUCAAGGUGGUUGAGGAGGAGGAGGAAGAGGAGGAAGGCAUCUUCGCAUCCACCCUGAAGGCAGCCAGGUCGGCUCUCGGCAAGCUGGGCGACUUCCUCGGCUUGGACGACGACGAGGAGGACGAGGAGGACCAGGAGCUCUCGGUGGUCAUCAAGCGCGACGAGGCGAAGGCUGUUGCCGCCGUGGAGCUCGUGAAUCGCGGUAAGGACGAGGCCGAGAAGGACCUCGACAUCGCCUCCCAGGCGGCCGACGAAGGCCUUCUGCAGAGGGCUGCUGACGCUGCCGAGGCCGCCCUGGCCGCUGGGUUCGAGGCCGCGGACGCCGCCAAGGACACCGCCAGGGCCGCCCUGGCCGCCGGCAUCGAGGUCGCCCAGGACGCCGAGCGCAAGGUGCAGGAGACCAUUGCCAAGGCCACCGAGCAGGCCAAGGAGGCUCUAGAGAUCGCCAGCAACUCCAUCGCCGCCCAGAUCAAAAUUGCCGCCGAAAUUGACGAGCAGCGAGAAGCUGCCGCCCAGGCCGCCGUGCGCAUCGCUCGUGAAGCAAGCGAGGUGUUCGAUGAGAUCAUCAAGAAGGGCGAGUCGGAUGCUGCCGAACUGAAGGAAGCCGCCGAGGAGGAGAUCGAGGCCAACAAGCAGCUCGUCGUGGAGGCCAGGACCGCCGUUGACGAAGCCCUGGACUCCGCCAUGGAGGCCGCCGAACAGGUUGACUACGCCGCCGACGUCCAGGUCACGCUGGCUCUGGAAUCCAACGCGGACGACCAGACCCUGGAGGCCGUCCUCGAGGAGAAGAGCAAGGCUGCCGCUGGAGUCGAAGCUGAGCUGAAAGCCGCAGCAGAGGCCAACGAGGACGUCGACAUUGCGAUCGACGAUGGCCUCGCCGCCAUCGACAGCAUCCAGAACCUCACCGACGCACUCAUUGACGGCUACAUUCAGGCAGCAGAGAGCGCAAAGAAGGCAGCCGAUGCCCAGCUUGAAGCUUCCCUUGCCAUCGCAGAGGACAUACUGCUCACCGUCGAUGCUGAAAAAACUGCCUCAGACGCCGAUGAUGUAGAGAUCGAGUUGACCGUCGAGACCACCACGACCACAGCUACCCCCGAAGUCAUCAAAAUUGACAUCAGCGACAAAGGCGAAGAAGGGAAGGCAGCUCCCGAUGCCGAUGGACUGAUCACCAUCGACUUGGACAUUGUGGAGAAACAGGACACUACCACCGCCGCCCAGGAGACUACCACUGCCGCCGAAGAGACUACCACCGCCGCUGCUGCCAAAAUCGACCUUGACAUCGACAUUAGCACCAGCAGCGACAAGGUCAUAGAGGAGGAGGCUGCGGACAACACCGAUGGACAGAUCACCAUCGACUUGGACAUUGUGGAGAAACAGGACACUACCACCGCCGCCCAGGAGACCACCACUGCCGCUGAGGAGACUACCACCGCCGCUGCUGCCAAAAUUGACCUUGACAUCGACAUUAGCACCAGCAGUGACAAGGUCGUAGAGGAGGAGGCAGCUCCCGAUGCCGAUGGACUGAUCACCAUCGACUUGGACAUUGUGGGGAAACAGGACACUACCACCGCCGCCCAGGAGACCACCACUGCCGCCGAAGAGACUACCACCGCCGCUGCUGCCAAAAUCGACCUUGACAUCGACAUUAGCACCAGCAGCGACAAGGUCGUAGAGGAGGAGGCUGCGCGACACGAUGGACUGAUCACCAUCGACUUGGACAUUGUGGAGAAACAGGACACUACCACCGCCGCCCAGGAGACUACCACUGCCGCCGAAGAGACUACCACCGCCGCUGCUGCCAAAAUCGACCUUGACAUCGACAUUAGCACCAGCAGUGACAAGGUCGUAGAGGAGGAGGCAGCUCCCGAUGCCGAUGGACUGAUCACCAUCGACUUGGACAUUGUGGAGAAACAGGACACUACCACCGCCGCCCAGGAGACCACCACUGCCGCCGAGGAGACUACCACCGCCGCUGCUGCCAAAAUCGACCUUGACAUCGACAUUAGCACCAGCAGUGACAAGGUCGUAGAGGAGGAGGCAGCUCCCGAUGCCGAUGGACUGAUCACCAUCGACUUGGACAUUGUGGAGAAACAGGACACAACCACCGCCGCCCAGGAGACUACCACUGCCGCCGAAGAGACUACCACCGCCGCUGCUGCCAAAAUCGACCUUGACAUCAACAUUAGCACCAGCAGCGACAAGGUCGUAGAGGAGGAGGCUGCGGACAACACCGAUGGACAGAUCACCAUCGACUUGGACAUUGUGGAGAAACAGGACACUACCACCGCCGCCCAGGAGACCACCACUGCCGCCGAGGAGACUACCACCGCCGCUGCUGCCAAAAUCGACCUUGACAUCGACAUUAGCACCAGCAGUGACAAGGUCGUAGAGGAGGAGGCAGCUCCCGAUGCCGAUGGACUGAUCACCAUCGACUUGGACAUUGUGGAGAAACAGGACACAACCACCGCCGCCCAGGAGACUACCACUGCCGCCGAAGAGACUACCACCGCCGCUGCUGCCAAAAUCGACCUUGACAUCAACAUUAGCACCAGCAGCGACAAGGUCGUAGAGGAGGAGGCUGCCCCCGAGGCGGAUACUACCACCGCGGCUGCGUCCACUCUCAGCGCAAAUGUUGACCUGACCGGUGUGGCUGCUGAGGAGACAGCAUCUUCCGAUGUGAGUGAGGACGUCGCCGACGCCAUUGAGAAUGUGGUGGAGGCAUUGGAGAACCUGGCUUCCGUCGCUGAAAGUGAUGCCGAGGCGACUACCACUGUCCAGCCCCAGAUUCUGAUCGACAUCACCGUCGGAGGUCAGAGCGCUUCGGCUGACUCGUCCAAUUCCACUGCUGUCGCCAUGAGCGCACUCGCCUCUGCCAUCCAGGGCGCCCUGACUACCAUUGCAGGAGACUCUGUUAUGUUGUUCAACCUCACGCAAGCAGCUUGAUCACUGUCUGUCCGCUAUUACUCGUAUAGGCCUUGAUAUAAACCUAAUAAAUCGUUGGUCAAAUGUUA